AUGAUGCUGAGAGCCGCGUGCGUGUCACUGAUCUUUCCUGCGUUCCAGAUACAGCCUGUUCGUCUUUACGGUAAGUGCCAGAAAGUAAACUAAUGUCCUUACGCGUUUCGUGAGUCUGCUGCUCACUUCAUCAGAGGAUGUCCUCUGAUGAAGUGAGCAGCAGACUCACGAAACGCGUAAGGACAUUACGCGUUUCGUGAGUCUGCUGCUCACUUCAUCAGGGAGGCAUUAUGUCUCUGAUGAAGUAGGGCCCAUUCCCUACGAAACGCGUAAGACAGGCAUUCCAGCAACACACGGGAUCAGACGCAUGUACCAGCAGCACCACUAAUCUGCACACGCAGGACCUGUUUGGAAAGUACCGCCACCGGAGGCAUCUGUCCUGCACGUCCCCUGAAGUGAGGCUCCUGCUCGGGACGUGCUCACAGACACAAGCCAUCCUCACCGGCAGCUGUAUAUUGAAUCAUCACAAUCCAUAUCCAUCCUUAACAAUCUGAAGGUCCUUGCUGUUAUUUUUCAAUGCUUCAGUCUGGUAAUGCAUUUCUGAAUCUAGUGUGACCUGUAUUUUUAUAUUUAACUUUUUCCAAAGUUAUUUUAAUAUAUUCAAUAAACUGGCAUUUUUUCUUAUAUGAAGUGAUCCAGUUUUAUGCUUCAGUUUUCCAGCGAUAUAUUGUUUUCAUUUUUAUUGCCUAAAGCUAACAGUUCCUUGUACUGUAUAGCUUAUUUUUUACUUCUAUCUUUUACUAAGUAUACUAUUUGCAACAGGUAUCAUUUAUCCCUCAUGUUGUUUGGGAUAUAGACACCAGUUUCAUACAUAUUUUUUGGUCAUCCAGCAGAGAAUUUGGUCUCUCAUCUUUCCCCUUUUUGCAUUUUUGUAUUUUAUUUAUAUAUAUAUAUAUAUACUUUUUUUUUUUUUUACCCCCCCUAUAUAGCACUGCUUUGCAUGUUUGCACACUCUUAAAGGACAUUUAAAGGUAUAGCAGCAUUCUCUUUGUAUUCUUGCACAUUUAAAGGGAUAUCCCGUUUAUUUGAGAUCUCCACUUAUAGCACUUUUACUCACAUUUUUGCACAUUUAUAGGGAUACUUUGUCCAUUCCAGAUUUAAAGGCAUAGUACCAUAUAUAUAUUUUUAUAUUUAUAUAUAUAUAUAUAUUUUUUUAUAUUUAUAUUUAUCUCUAUGUAUUAGUAUUUUAGCCAUUAGUCACCUAGCCAGCUCCUGGUAUUCCCACUCUUCUAGAGAGUUCUUUUCCCUUGUUCUAUAUAGGUUUUUAGUGAAUCCCUAUCAUUACCAGUUUUCGAGCAGCUUAGUGCUAGUCUGUCUCCCUCUCUCCUGUGUGGUAUAUUAGGUACACCAGAACCAUUCAACUAAUUACAAGAGGUGUUUUGAAAGACAUUGCAGCAAGAAAUUAUGCUUAACCCUUCAUGAAUGAAAGAAAAGAGAUGAAGAAUCCCAAUAUCAAUAAGAGCACUCUGACAGGCAAUUCUCAUCUCCCAUGAGGCUUUUGUGAGAAUGUUCCUGCACACAUUUUGUGACUUGCAUCUCAGAGAGCUCUGUUUAGAGUGCAACUAGACAGUGCACUCUACUGCCUUUUUGCUAUUAUUAGGAAGCGAGGAAUCAGGUUGUGGGGAAGGAAAGCUGUUAACAGUUUAAUUGAUAUUCUUUCCUGAAGUAGUAAGUUUUUAAUGAUUUUUUUAAUGGAAUGGAAACUAGAUGAAAGUCUAAUGAAGCAGGGUACGGAGUUCAACAGGAACCGUGCAGCCCUAGAGAAGUCCUGAAAGCAAGCAUCAGAAGUGGGAGUGAGGGUAGAGGAUAGACAUAGGUCUUUGGCAGAACAUAAGGGCCUAGACGGGACAUAUUUGUGUAUUACGGAGAAUAGGUAGGGGAGAAGGCAUUAUAAAGCCCUUGUAAAGCUUUAACAGCCUUGAUCUUGAUUUAACUGACUUAACCUCGGGGAUCCCUAGACACCAGGCAUGACACACUUUUACAUACAUUUUGGGGGGGAACGACAAUGGCAAGUCUACCCCUAAUUGUUAUUAAGUCCCCAGCCUGAAGUAUAUGGAUGAGGGGUGCGCUUGUAAACAAUAGCAUGUCCACUGUCUGUUUGUGUUAAUACCACACCCAUCGGCUUGGGUAAAAGGUUAAGAUGGAUGGGUAAAAGGACAAUAGCAUGUCCAACCCCCUUAUUUAUUUUUGCCCAUCCCUAACUUUCUGCCAUUUGGUGUCGGAUGUCCAACCCUGCACUUACAGUAGUAGCCCCCAUCUGCUGUAUUUGGCUGUGGUAUGGGCAGAGUUUAGCAUUGCACCAUUGAAGUUUAGAUCAUUCAUAUGCCACACAUAUGAAAUAAAUACGAAAGAAAGAAGCUGAAGGGGAACUCUUAAAGGGGAUAACCCUUGCGGCUAAAGACUUAGUGAAAAACUAGAGAAAACUGAGUGCCCUUAAAAUGUAACUUUUAUUAGUAAUAGUAAAAUAAUAAACAAGGUGAUACUCUAUAAAUAGAUAUGUUAUUGUGAGUUGUCAAAAAGAAAAGGAUAGAGAUAACAAUUCUACUGGGUCUGGGUUGCCCAUAUGUAGUUAAGUUAUCUAGGGAGGUGCAAAUACAUAUAUAGAUAUAUAUUUGUCCACUGCAAAAUAUAUUAGUACUGUUCAAAUUACAAUCCGACUUGGAGCUAACUAGAGGUCCAGUUGGAAAAAAGGUUAUUAGGUACAGAGAUGAAACUUCUUAAAAUCCCUGUAUCAAAUCGUAAUGAUGAGGUUCUGUUCAGAAGUUUUCAGAAACCUUCUUCCAAUGAUAUAUGCAAAACAAUGUUUUGCAGUUCACACAUGCUGUACUGAGACUCGUCCAGUGAAUUAAACUGCUGGAACGUUAAUAUACAAAGUAUCAGGCUACGGUCCGCCACACUUGGAGAAUAAAUACUUUGUUCCCAGUGUUAACUUACACCGCUAGAUAGCUAUAUCAAUCAGCACAAGUAAAAGUACUAUAAACCACGACAGCUGGAGAGAGUAUAAUAACAUGCUAUGUCCUAAAGGAUCAACAAAUGGGAACACAGCCUCUCAUUCUCCAACAGUAAAAAAUCUCUAAGAGCUGAAGUGGUAAAGUAAGAUCGGCGUCCCUGUAACGGAGCUCCCUGUACUCCGACUGAGUACCCUCCGUUGACGGAUGCUCCUAGCGCUUCCUGAGGACUCCAAGCACUGCAGCAGACACCACAACCACCGCAGACUCCGCAACCGCCGUAUCUUGACUGGAGUCUCGCCGUCUUCCUUCCACCCUGGAUCAGCUUCUGUCCUCCAGAACUGUGUGGGAAAGAACUCUUCCUUCCACCCUGUACGAACCUCCAGCAUCCAGGACUGUGUGGUGAAGACCCCUCCUCCAAGGAGAGCGUGUCAGGAACAAGCUCUUAAAAGAGCUAAGUGAUUCAAGCUCAGGGGAGCAUGCAGAGCAUAGCAAUCCCCAGUGUGAUUAUAACAGCUCCCUCCAAUAACGAGACAAGGCUACAUUUAGAGGGAUCAAGAAGAACUGUCAAAACCUUUAUUCCCUUGGGUCCAGCCAAUACAGUCACCACAAUAACAUUGUUGUGAAACCUCAAUAAAAUCACAAACAGUCAAACCAUAUCAAGAAACACACAGUGACUUAUCACAACACAAUGGCACAUUUUUAAAGGGGUGGGGGGAGACAAUAUUUAACAGUAAAUAUCUCACCUGCCUGCAGAAUUAGCAAUAUGCAAAUCUACCCGAAUAUGCAAAUGAACCAGUCUUGCAAUUCAGGUAGUGCAUAUUGCUGUUGCUACCAACAGAGGGCACUAAACCAGCUCCAUAGCCAAACCCACCUAGUUGGUAGCAAACCUCAGUAAUACAAGAGAGCAGGCAAUACAUUACACAGUACACACACACACACUAUAAACAAUUACAUUACACACACCCUGCACUUAUAAUGGGUACAGGGUGACUAAAACAUAGGAUAAAUAAAGCAGCCCACAUAAAUAGUCUGUCUGAAGGUAGAAUAGGGGCUUUAAAGGCAAAUACAUCAAAGAGUCAUAGUCACAGGGGAGGAGGCUGGCAAGCAGGCUUCUCCAGUACCAAGUGGCGAAGGGCACUUCGUCACAGUCCCUAUAGCUGUGGUAUAGUGAGAUCUUCAAUCCGAAACUGGCGUUCCCAAACUGUGGAUUGAAGAUCUCACUAUACCACAGCUAUAGGGACGCCACUGGCUACCAUGGUAUUUUAAAUACUCUGUGCGUGUGUGAGCUUUAGAGACAGCACUCUCCGUAUAAUUCUAUAACUCAGAGGAUACAUCGGCCUCUACCAGCAUCACAUGCUUUAAUCUAGUUUCUUUAUGCAUUUGAGUUACAGCCAUAACAUUGGGUUAUCCUCUUACUGCUACCGCAUUAUUGCAUUAUUAAGGCUUCGGGCAAGGUAUGAAUGAUUCACACACUUGCUGCAUCAUUUUAUAUAUUGUACCCUGCAAAGCUGCCAUCUUCCCUACUUACCUAGCACAGAUGUGUGCUCUUGUAGAACAUCAUAUCUCUGACUACUUAUUUUCGUUCAUAUUUCGACCUACAAUAUCGAUUUAUUUUUUAGUAGUUUUUGUUUCACUAUUUUGGUUUUCACUUCUUUAUGUGUGUCUAGCACUUUAGGUUAUUGCCAGAAGCAAUUUUUAGAGUCUUAUUAUAAUUAAUAAACAAUUCUUUAUUUUUUUGACCGUUCUGUUAUAUUCGAGUAUUGUGACUUCACUUUUUCUGGAAUUAUCUCUAAUAGGAUUUGCCAUUCAUACCAUUCAUACCAUUAUCCACUCUUGGUAUACUAUUUCAAGCCUAUACUCUUUAUUCACUUGUUUCCUUUCACUUAACAACCAUGCUGGGACUCUCACUGCAGAAUAUAUAUAUAUAUAUAUAUAUAUAUAUACAGUUGCAAGAAAAAGUAUGUGAACCCUUUGGAAUGAUAUGGAUUUCUGCACAAAUUGGUCAUAAAAUGUGAUCUGAUCAUCAUCUAAGUCACAACAAUAGACAAUCACAGUCUGCUUAAACUAAUAACACACAAAGAAUGAAAUGUUGCCAUGUUUUUAUUGAACACACCAUGUAAACAUUCACAGUGCAGGUGGAAAAAGUAUGUGAACCCCUAGACUAAUGACAUCUCCAAGAGCUAAUUGGAGUGAGAUGUCAGCCAACUGGAGUCCAAUUAAUGAGAUGAGAUUGGAGGUGUUGGUUACAGCUGCCCUGCCCUAUAAAAACCACACACCAGUUCUGGGUUUGCUUUUCACAAGAAGCAUUGACUGAUGUGAAUGAUUAGGUGCUAUUUAAAGCAGAAACUGUUUCAAGUGUUAGUUCUUUAUUUUGCCAUCUUCACAGCAAAGUACAGUGAAGUUUGUUCUUUUUAAAUACAUAUAUUAUACUAUAAAAUAAAUCAAAUAUCACACACAAAUCAUGUAAAUCAAAACAAUACAUCAAAUUUAAUCCACCUCUAUCAGAGUGUUUUAAGUGUGUACAGGAACAAAAUAAAACAAUAUACAUCAUCAUACUGACCCCACCACCAGGUUUAGUCUGUUAUAACAAGAUUCCUGACAUCAACUAUUGGUUCAAACAAGAUACAUUACUCUGGAAAGGGUGCCAGGACACUCCUAGCUUUUGGUUGUCCUCUGUGUAUGCUCCUUGCAUCAUAACGGUUAUUACGAUCUUCCAAUUGCCAUUUAUUUUUAUUUAUAUUUUUUAUAUUUUCUUUCCAUUUGCCGGAUCUCAGUAUGUAGGUGCAUCCAUUAUCUUCAUCUCUUCCUAUGAUUUCUGCAGUUUGCUUUUAUGUGAGAUUGAUUUUACUAAUGGAUUAUGGGUAUAUUUGAAUGACACCCAAAAAAAACCCUUAUAUUCCAAUUUAUUUAAAAUAUUGAAUUUUGCAUUUAUUUAUAGCUACUUUAAUGUCUUUAUUUCUAAGUGUAUAAAUCAAGGGAUUUAAUAUAGGUGUUAUAAUUAUAUAAAAAACUGCAAUAAUUUUGUCUGUUUCUGGUAAAGAGAUUGAACGAGGUUUCAUAUAAGUAGCUAUAGCUGAACCAUAAAAUAAUGUCACAACCAUCAAAUGAGAUCCACAGGUGGAGAAAGCUUUCUUUCGUCCAGCAGAGGACGCAAUCUUUAAAAUGGUUAUAAUGAUUUUAAUAUAAGAGAUCACAAUGAAUGCAACAGGUAUCAUCAGUAUAAAAGAACCAGCAAAAAACAGAAAACAUUCAAUAAUGAAUAGGCUUGUGCAUGCAAGUGAAAGGACUUCUGGGACUUCACAGAGAAAGUGAUUAAUUUUGUUGUGUCCACAAACAUCUACACUUAAUAUAAAUAAAACAACAGGGAUAGACUGAACAAAUCCAAAUAUCCAAUUACCAAGAGUUAUUCUGAUACAAACAGAUCUGCUCAUGAUUGCACUAUAUCGUAAAGGAUUACAUAUAGCAAUAUAACGAUCAUAAGCCAUUACUGCGAGCAGAAUACAUUCACAAACCCCAAGAGAAAGUGAAACAAACAUUUGAGCUGCACAUUCUACAAAUGAAAUAGUUUUCUUGACUGACAGCAAAUCUUUUAGCAUUCUAGGUACUGUUGAAGAUGCAAAGCAGAUAUCCAGAAGAGAGAGACUGGAAAGGAAAACAUACAUCGGGGUCUUCAGAUUGUUGUCUGUCAGGCAUAUAAAUAUAAUAGAAGAGUUUCCAAAUAAAAUUAUUACAUAAGCUAUCAAGAGAAAUACAAAAAGGAUGCAUUGUGUUUUGGGGUGAUCAGAGAGUCCAAGAAGAAUAAAUUCUAUCACAAAUGUUUUAUUUUUCCAAAUCAUUAUAUCUGUUAAAACAAAAAGAGAAACUAAUAAAAUUAUUAUACAGGGUGGAGUCUAAAAGUCAAUCCUGAGAUCCGUCACCAGUGAUGGCUGCAGGGAAUUGACUGUGUUCAUGGAAGGUCUUUUGGGAACCUCCAUAGACCUCUCAAAGGCAAGAGUACAGCAGUGCAAGAGUAAAGCAGUGACUGCUCCGAAGAGGAACCACCAGAUCAAAAUGGCCAUGCCUGCAAGGGACAGGUUCGGGGAAGUAGAGCCUACCUUUAACUGCCCCAUGGCCAUUGGACCCCUAGCUGCAAAGUCACCGUCAGGAGACUAGAAAACAAUUUAGAGAUUUAACUUUACAUGCCUGAGGAAAAUGUAAAAAUUACCAAAGAUGGAGGUAACAGUUCAGUCUGGAUUCACUGACAUACAGCAGCAUAUGAUACUGCUGAAUGUUAUUUGUUUUUCCCUCCAUGAUGUAUAUAUAGCAAUUAAUUUUUUUUCCAGAUAGUAUAUUGAUUUUAAAUGUCAAUGUGGUCUGUUAUUCAUUGUUUUAAAAAAGUCAGCUAGUUAUUACCAGAUUAACAUAAAUAGUAAUGCUAAGAGUAAUAGUAAUACAAGUUGGUGAUUCUACUAAGGGCUUUUUCAUUUAGUCAGUACGUUUAGCAACUUGCCAAAGUGGAUGCCACUAACAUUAAUCAGUAUCAUCUGUUAAACAACUGCAAAAUCUUACAAGUAGCAAUAUGAAAUCGCUAGCUGAUGUCACAAUAACAGUUGUCCAAAGAAUGUUAAGUAAAAUGCCUUUGAGAAAAAAAAAAAAUCAGUAAUAACCAUUUAAAGUCUUGACUGAAGAUCUUUCUUCAGUCUUUUUUUUUCUUUGGCCCAGAUGAGACUAAAUGAAAAAUCCAUUCUAACCUGUUUGCUGCUAAUUAAAAUAAUUAAAAAACUAAGUCACAAUAAAAAAAGAAAUAAAAUCUCACAAGCAAAAUGAAAACAUGCUUUGGGAAAAAAAUAUAACUUCACCCUUAAAAUGCUCCACAUAUACUGAGUUCACAAGGCUAAAUUAGGAGUACUGGAGCAUUUUUAUUGGAUGGCUUAAAGGAUCACUAUAGUGCCAGGAAAACAUACUAGUUUUCCUGGCACCAUAGUGCCCUAAGGGUGCCACCACCCUCAGGGUUCCCCUCCCGUCGGGCUGGAUGGAGAGGAAAGGGGUUAAACUUACCUUUUUUCCAGCGCCGGACGGGGAGCUCUCCUCCUCCUCUCCGCCUCCGAUCCUCCUCUUCGGCUGAAUGUGCAUGCGUGGCAAGAUCUGCGCGUGCAUUCAGCCUGUCUCAUAGGAAAGCAUUUACAAUGCUUUCCUAUGGACGCUGGCGUCUUCUUACUGUGAUUUUCACAGCCAGAAGCACGCAAGCGCCUCUAGCGGCUGUCAAUAAGACAGCCACUAGAGGAUUUAGAGAUUUAGAUUUAGAGGCUGGAUUAACCCAUUUAUAAACAUAGCAGUUUCUCUGAAACUGCUAUGUUUAUAAAAACAAGGGUAAAUCCGAGAGGGACCUGGCACCCAGACCACUUCAUUAAGCUGAAGUGGUCUGGGUGCCUAGAGUGGUCCUUUAAUGGUGAGACUAAAUGUAAACAUUACAUAUGCUUGGCAGGUUGUGGAGGUAUGGGAUUCUAGCUUGACAAAGACCCUGUUUGAUCGAAACAUUGCUGUUUUGCUCUAAAUAAAGCUGCUACUGUGGCUUUUAACCUUGAGUGCCUGAAUCAAUGUUUAUUUUCUAUAUAUAGACAAUAGACAAAUAUAUAGAUAAUAGAUAAAUUAUAUAUAUAUAUAUAUAUAUAUAUAUAUAUAUAACAAAACAGAGCAAUUUGUAAAAAUUGUUAAAUUAACUCAAUUGGGGGCCUAUGUAUUUUAUAGAGUAACUAAAAUACAUAAAGAUGUAAAAACUCUUGUGGGAGACUGAGAGGGUCAGCCAUACACGGGGUGUUUGAACCAACUGAUCAUAAACUUGUUGAUUUUCAUAUUAAAGAAAGCAUCUUUACCUCCUUUUCUAAGAGACACACACAAUUUUCCACAUAAGAUAAAGAAUAUUGAUUUGACAGGAAAGAACGCAAUAUUUGGCAAAUUGGAUGUUCAAAGUAUAUAUACAAUAUACAAUAUAUACAAUUAUGAUCUUGGUAUUAAAGCAAUGAGAUAGAGAUUUUGUAAUAAUUCUCAAAAAUACACGGGCACCCCAAUUGAGUUUAUUUUUAGAAUGUUUACAAAUUGUUCAAUAUUGUAAUAACUUCAAAUUUGAGAUGUCUUUUUACCAGAUCUAGCAAUAAAAACAUGGGCAGAAAAGGGGGUCCACACUGUACAAGACCUAAUGGAGGGAGAUAAAGUAAAAACCUUCCCGGUCGUCCGACUGCAAUUCUCCCUAGCCUCGAGAGACUUAUUCUUGAACCUCAGGGUGAAAAAUAUAUUGACAACGAGACUUACACACACUCAAACAAAGCCCCAAAUGGAGUUAUUACCUCUCGCUCAGGUUCUGUCACCCAAGAAAACUAAGCCCCUAUCCCUCUGUUACAACGCCCUCCUAUGGGGACCGGGUCAGACAAAGCUGUCAUACAUGACUCAGUGGGAGACGGAACUAGGAGAAGCAUUUCUCAUAGAACAAUGGCACAAAGCCAUGGCAAUAACAAAAAAGGCUUCGAGGAGCCUAUUACUUUGA